AACAUUAAAAAUCUUAAAUUUUAAUCUAGAUCUAGAUAUCUAGAUCUAGAUCUAGAUAUCUAGAUCUCUAUAUAUCUAGAUCUGAAAAGUGUGGUUUUCUCUGUUAAUAGAUCUAGACUAGAUCUAUAGAUUUAGGUGUGUAAGAUUACUGAAGCAGGGGAAAGAACAUGGAGCAAGACGUCUAGAAUCUUCUUUGUAGACAAGAGCGUGUCGCAAAUGACACUGACUGUGUACAAAGAUGCAACCCAAGGCUAUUGAAAAGAAAACCAUGCAGUUUUAUAGACGUCAGCUGCCUAUAAAAUGCAUCGACUUUGCCUCAAAGGAAGGUAAAGUUAUCUUUACGGAGGCUCUGUCUGGGGGCUUCAUGAAUUCUUUUUUCAAGCUCUGUGCCCAGUUCCGCACGCAGGAUGAACCAGCUUACUGCGGCCUCACAUCCCUAGUCAUGGCUCUAAAUGCACUGGAGAUUGAUCCAGGAAAGAUUUGGAAAGGAUCAUGGAGAUGGUACCACGAAGAUAUGCUCGAUUGCUGCACCCCUCUUGACGUGGCCCGGGUCAAAGGAAUAAACAUGGAACAAUUUGUCUGCCUUGCCAGAUGUAACGGUCUCAAUGCGAGAGCUCGGAUAGCUUCAGCUAUCUUGUCCUUGGAUGAACUUCGCCAGGAUGUGCUCUCUGCCUGUUCUCAAGAUGACCUGGUCUUCAUCUCUAGUUACUCGAGAAAGUUGCUGGAACAGACGGGAGACGGACAUUUCUCGCCUGUGGCAGGGUAUCACAAAGAUAGAGACCUGGUUCUCAUUUUGGACACAGCUCGGUUUAAAUAUCCACCUCACUGGAUACCUCUUCAAACUCUGUGGGAUGCCAUGAACACGGUCGAUAAAGACACAGGCAAAGUGAGGGGUUAUGUUCUUCUCUCCCGCGCCGACUCUCACCCCAGCUCCUUGCUGUUCCGUCCAUCGUGUGACUUUGCGGUGGACUCGGUCCAAGGCAACGUUUUCCUCCGCUUGAAGGGGUUUUCCCAGGAGUGGUUCUCUUGGAUGAAAUCACCUCUUCCAAAACAAGUGAGUGGAGCGGAGAUUGUGAGUGAAGCCGUUGACCGCGUGUUGGACCUGAUGAAACGGGGACAGAUUCCGGUGAAGAUGUUUUGUUCCAAUUUGCAAUGUACCCAGUGGGGCGGCACCAACCCAUCGGCCUCUCUGAAAUGCUGUCCAUCUGACGAGAAAGACGGAGAUACUGUAUCCUGCAUCUUGCACAAGUUGUUGAAAGAGUUAUCGUCUUUGGAAACGUUCCAGUACGUGGAGACCAGCUUUACUACCAAGUUGGCGGAAGAGAAGAAGAUGGCUCUCGGGUUGCUGCAGAGUGAUCACACCGUUCACGAGACCGAGAUGAACUGCUGUAACGACUCGUGUUGCAGUUCGUCCCCGUCCGUGGAGAAAAGGAAGGUGGCAAAGCUCUCGCCAGAGCUCCUGAAGUGUAGUAAUAGUUUAACCAUAUCUCCGGAACACAUGAUGACCUUGUUCUUGCUCGUGUGGCCACACAAAGGCUUGUGGGAGGAGGUCAAAGAGGGUCAAGGUCGUCCCUUUGGAACAGAAGCGGAAAUAUCACGAGAGACUUUUGGCGAUGUUCUCGUCACGUUUCUCAGUAAUGACGUUCAGGGAUCGACGGGGUCGUACAUCGCGUCGGAGAUUAAGUCCGUGAAAUACAAGUUGGAGGAGGUAAUGAAGUAUCACGGCUUCAGUCAAAUCGGCUGUUGUGGCUCGACUAAACAAAAGACCUGUGGGAAAUCUGCCUGCCACACUAAACAGUAGACAGUCCACUUCAUGGAAACGUUUUGAAGCACUUUGGACUAGGCUUAGACUUAAAAUGAAAUUUGCUUGGAGGGGGGGGGGGGUUCACCCUUGAGGCAUCCAAGAAAAGUCCAUCAUAACUUGGUUGACAUGAAUGAGACACAAGAAUUUUAACCAAAAAAUUAUGGUGCACAAUUAAUGAGGAUUAUGAUUUUUUGUUUUUUGUCGCAUUUUCCUUUUGUUGGUGGCAUGUUAAUGAUCUUAUUCAUAUCAGAGAGUCUUUGAUUAUGAGAAUGUUAGAAAGUGCAAUGCUAUUUCAGUACUAUGAUGAAACAAGAGAAUAUGAAUAGCAAUGAUGAGUUCAUUUUUUGAUAUUGGAUUUUUUAAUUUAUAUUAGUGGGUUGGGUUAUUUUUUUCCUUAUCUUUCAUAACCAAUUCUAGCUCUCCCCCCCCCCCCCCCCAGGGUGAGACUGAGACCCAUACCCCUUUCCCACUCUCCUAAUCAUGAUGUAUUUACCAGAGAAUUACGUGAGGAUGAUUGAUGAGGAUGUUGGUUUUAUUGGUCUAAGGAAAGAAGGAAAUUUGGACAUUUUUAGAUGUGGAGUUUUAGCUUUUCAAUUGGAUGUUGUGCCUGGUCCUUUAAAAGCAGGAUCUGGAGCUUUUGUCGUUUUUUUUGUCGUUUCUUCUCCUUGUCCUGACUCUUCCUUUUGCUUGUGUUAAUUUUUUCAUCUUUUAUUUUCCUCUUUGUUCUGUCUCUUCCUCUUGCUUACGUCACUUUUUCGUAUUUUGUUUUUCUUUUUCUUUUGUCUCUUCCUCUUGCUUGUGUCAAUUUUGUGUCAUUUGUUCUGUCUCAUCCUCUUGCUUGUAGCUGGGCUCGUUUUUGCUUCUGAUGUUUCUAUUAUCUAUCUAUCUAUCUAUCUAUCUAUCUAUCUAUCUAUCUAUCUAUCUAUCUAUCUAUCUAUCUAUCUAUCUAUCAUUCUAUAUUAUAUAUUCUAAAAUGCUUGUUUGACUCUGGAUUGAAGAUGUUGUCCAUUACAAAUGAAUUUCUGUCCCACGUUUGCAUUUACAUUGUAUUUAAUUUAAUAUAUAUGAUGAUCAUUAAAUGUAUUGGUAAUUUAUCAGCUCACUCAACAAGCACCAAAAUCAUUUCUUAAGCUUUGAGAACAUUUUUUUUUAAAAGAGAACGUCCAAAAUCAGAACCAUGAUUUGGCCACUUGUUAUUUUCCAAUUUGAAAAAAAAAA